AUGAUUAUUGAAAUGAAAGUGCCAAAUUCUACAUCAAAUGGAUCAUCAUCUCCAGUCUCACAUCAUUCGAGUACUUUUAUGAAACCAAUUAGUCUAGUUGCAUUAACAUUACAAAAUGCUUUGAGCAUAUUAUUACUACGUUAUGUACGUACAAUACCAGGACCACGUUUUAUAAAUUCAACCGCAGUUAUUGUUUCCGAAGUUCAAAAAACGAUUCUAAGCAUAUGUUUAGUUAUUAGUGAAGAACGUAAUAUUCUUGCAGCUUUUAAAUUAAUGUAUCAUAAAAUCAUGCGUCAACCUUAUGAUACAUUCAAAACUGGAAUACCAGCUUUACUUUAUACACUGCAAAAUAAUCUUCUUUUUGUUGCCAUUUCAAAUUUAGAUGCUGCUACAUUUCAGGUUAGUUAUCAAUUAAAAAUUUUUACAACAGCUAUUUUAAUGGUAGUUAUACUUCGUCGUCAAUUAAUUUUUGUUCAAUGGCUUGCAUUAUUUCUUCUUUUUAUUGGUAUUUCUCUUGUACAAGUUGAAAAUAUGACAUCGACAACACCAAAACAAGAUGUUAAUGGUGCAUAUGGAUUACUUGCUGUUGUAGCUGCUUGUACAUUAAGUGGUUUAGCUGGUGUUUAUUUUGAAAAGAUUCUUAAAGGUAGUGAUGUAUCGGUAUGGAUACGUAAUAUUCAAUUAGGUGUAUUUGGAAUUAUUGUUGGCACUAUAACAAUGUAUUUAUCCGAUGGUGCAGCAGUAAAAGAAAAAGGAUUUUUCUAUGGUUAUACAAAUAUGGUAUGGGUAGCUACACUUGUUCAUUCUGUUGGUGGUCUUAUUGUUGCAUUAGUUGUUAAACAUGCCGAUAAUAUAUUAAAAGGUUUUGCAACAUCAUCAGCUAUUAUACUUUCAUGUAUUGUUAGUAUGAUAUUAUUUGAUUUUCACUUAACAUUAUUAUUUACAUUGGGUGCAAGUUUAGUUAUAUUUUCAAUAUUUCUCUAUUCAAAACCAGAAUUAAUUUUAUAUGUACCGAUUGUAAAUGUUUUUCUUAAAGAUCGAUCAGUAUUAUUUUGA